AUGUCGCCAACACCGGACUGGGUCAAGCAAUUGAAGCCUUCGGGCGCACAGGGCCAUGAACUCCUGUCUGCAGAGCGUGCCAAUUCGAACAUUCCUGUUCAGAAGCUGGAAGAGCUGCUACACACCAAAGAUGUCAUCCAGAGGCGGAACAAGAUCACCAAACUCCUCAAAUCUGAGCCCGUGUUCGACAAGUCGCAGAACUACUUCAUGGGAAGGACAGAUCGUUUCGAAAGAGCUCUUGCAAGGGAGAAGAGGUUGAGACUUCUCAAGAAGAAGCACAACUGGUCAUAUGAGGAGUUCAGGGCCGCCACAGAGCUCGUCGGUGAGCCUGGUCCAUAUGGUCUCCACGACAGCAUGUUCAAGGUCACACUUGCCGGUCAAGGGACACCCGAGCAGCAGGAGAAGUGGCUCACAAAGGCCGAGAACUACGAGAUCAUUGGAUGCUACGCCCAGACUGAGCUCGGCCACGGAUCGAACGUGCGUGGACUCGAGACAACAGCAACCUGGAACGAGGACGACAAGACCUUCACCCUCCACUCGCCACACCUGACCUCUAGCAAAUGGUGGAUCGGCUCUCUCGGCCGUACCGCCAAUCACGCCGUGGUCAUGGCCCAGCUCAUCAUAAAGGGCAAGUCCUACGGCCCGACCCCCUUCUGCGUUCAGAUCCGUGACUUGAAGACCCAUGAGCCUCUCCCCAACAUUCACGUUGGAGACAUCGGUCCCAAGUUUGGUUACAAUACCAUGGACAACGGUUUCCUCCUCUUCAACAACGUCAAGGUACCUCACAUCAGCAUGCUUGCCAAGUACACACAUGUCGAUCCCAACACCAACAAGUUUGGCCGCCGUGGCGCCCCUACCCUCGUCUAUGGCACACUCACAUGGGUACGUUCGACAAUCGUUAUGCAGGCUGGUAGCGUUCUCGCUCGCGGUGUCACAAUCGCCACCCGUUACUGCGCUGUCCGUCGCCAGUUCCAGGACCGAGAUGCUCCAGCUGGCGAGGCCGAGACACCUGUACUCAACUACACCAUGGUCCAGAUUCGUCUCCUCCCUCUCAUUGCCGCCACAUUCGCUCUGCACUUUACAGGAAAGUCCAUGAUGGAUAUGUACCAGGCCAAUCAGGCGAGGAUGACCCAAGCCAAGGACCAGGGUGAUGCGAAGCGUGGUGCUGGCCCUGAGGAGCUAGAAUCCGGCAGCGACCUCAUGGCUGACCUACACGCCUCGUCUUGCGCACUCAAGUCGCUCAGCAGCACUAUUGCUGGCGAGGGUCUUGAGGCUUGCCGUCGUGCGUGCGGUGGUCACGGAUACUCCAGCUUCAGCGGCAUUGGCCCCUGGUACGCGGACUACCUCCCCACUCUUACAUGGGAAGGCGACAACUACAUGCUCACCCAGCAAGUAGCUCGCUACCUUCUCAAGUCCGCCCGUUCUGUCCUCAAGGGCGAGCGACCCACCAACGACACAACUAGGAUCCUCACCGAGUUCCAGUCACGCCGAGAAAUCGGCUGUGCGUUUGACAUCAUUGGAUCUGACAAGGACCUCGUCGAUGCCUUCGCAUGGCGCGUAUCUUUCCUCACAUUCGAAGCCUCCAAGCACCGCGACACAGAGAAGAAGCCCUGGAACGACCUCCUUGUCGACUUCUAUCGCCUGUCAAAGGCCCAUGCGCAGUACAUGAUCGUCAAGAACAACCUGUCUGCACUGCAGGCUAUUGCGAACAACGACCAGAUCAACAACGAGACUGUUGAUGUUCUGAUGAAGCUGUUCCGUCUCUUCGCUCUGCACACACUUGAGCAGGAGGGUAGCGAGUUCUACGCCAGCGGUGCUUGCAGCAAGCACCAGAUCAUGCUUGCAAGGACCAACGCCGUGAUGAAGCUACUGAAGGAGAUCAGGCCACACGCCGUUCGUCUGGUCGAUGCUUGGGGCUUCGACGACUGGGUGCUCGACAGCAGUCUGGGCCGCGCCGAUGGCAGAGUGUACGAGGACAUGUUCUACCGUGCCAGCGAGCUGAACCCUCUGAACAACAUCACCGUGGAUCCUUACCCGGAGAACGAUGUGCUGUUCAAGAGGAUCGAGAAGUCGAAGUUCUUCUGGGAAGCCCUCUCCGGCAUCUGCUCGCGCACGAUCCCACACCCCGACUCGCAAGUAAACCGCCUCUGCAUCUCGCCCGACAAGCGCUACCUCGCCGCUGCCGGGCACCACACCGUAAAGCUCUACGACAUCAAGUCGACCAACCCGAACGCGAUCCUCACCUUCGACGGUCACACAAGCAACGUAACCGGCGUCGCGUUCCACUGCGAGUCGAAAUGGCUGGUCACCUCUAGCGAAGACGGCACAGUCAAGAUCUGGGACACUAGAAGUGGAAAUGUGCAGAGGAACUAUACGCAUGGAGUGCCGGUGAACGACGUGGUCAUUCAUCCGAACCAGGGCGAGUUGAUCAGCUGUGACCGGGGCGGCAAUGUGCGGAUCUGGGAUUUGGGAGAGAACAAGUGCAGUCACCAGCUCAUUCCUGAGGACGAUGUGUCUGUCGCGAGUGUCACGGUCGCGAGUGAUGGGAGUAUGGUGUGCGCCGGCAACAACGCCGGCAACGUUUACGUCUGGAAAAUGGUCAUGCGCGGCGACCUCACGUCGAUCAUACCCGUGUGCAAGUUCCUCGCCCACCACACCUACAUCACCCGCGUCCUGCUGUCCCCCGACGUGCGCCACCUCGCAACCUGCUCCGCCGACCACACCAGCCGCAUCUGGUCCGUCGAUCUCUCCUCCCCACACAACGUCCAGCCCGGCGACGCCCUUCCUUCAGCAGCAGAACGCGAUCCUGCCGCCUUUCCACUCGAGACAACGUUGCAUGGACACCAGCGCUGGGUCUGGGAUUGCGCGUUCAGUGCGGAUAGUGCGUAUUUGGUUACCGCCUGUAGCGAUCAUUAUGCGCGAUUGUGGGAGCUGGGCAGCCAGAGUAUCAUAAGACAGUACAACGGGCAUCACAGGGGCGCGGUUUGUGUCGCGCUGAACGACACUGCUGUGGGGAACUAA